AUGUGUUUCUGCGUCAUAUCUCCGUUCAAAGCCGUUUGGCUAACAGUCUGGCGAUUUAUUCGCGGAGCAGGGCCUUCAGAGAAUAUGUCUCCUGAACCUUCGUCACUGUUUCCUGACCGGCCGAUCCGACCUCUCCCGAAGCGUCGACUACGCGAACGACUUUCGCCCGAUGUCGCCGAUAGCAUUCAAUACCCCCCUGCGCCUCAAACUACAGCGCCGCUGUUUGUCUACCCAUAUAAUACUAAAGAAGAUUUAGCGUCGUUAGGAAGCGAACCUCUUAAUGUAGUACAUCGAGAAAAUACAACUGAAUUGGGCCAGGAAGCUAGUUUCCGCAGAAACGGUCUAGGUAACGACAACGACAGUCAUUCCCUGAUUGGACAAGCUCGGAGAGCUUUCGUUUCACGACCACUCCACGAUUCUCUAGGAAAUGCGGCUCGUACUCCUCUACGACAGGGCCAAACUCGACAACCAAAUCCGCAGCCGCCACCUUCUACUGCCUCGUCCGCAGAUGGCUACGAUUCCUUUGAGAAUAGUAACAAUAAGAAGAAAAGGAAGAUUCCAACAGCUGGCGAAACAAUUCUAAAUGGGACGCACGUGUUGAAUGACCUUGGAGCGUUAGGAGUAUCAUCGCCUGUGGGAACAGGCGACGAAAGGUCUUUAGAUAAUUCCGGAUCAAGUUCUGCAGCUUAUUAUCAAUCUGGAGGCCUGGCAACUGGCGGGCAAGGGAUUUCUGGUCCCGGUAGAGGCAGGUACGGUAGGGUACGGAACGGUAGGAGCCCAUUAAGAACCCUGUCGGAUCCGAAUAGCAAUUGGGGAAACCGGAUCCCUAAUAAAAUCAGACCAGGUGGUGUACAAUAUCCAUCGCCGCCUGCAGGGGAGAAUUCUGGAAUUAUCUCCAGCGCUAUCGCUAGUGCCGAAAAGCUACAGGUGCCUCAAGGUCAGGAAAAUAUAAGUCUUUUACACCAAGAAGCAUCUACAAAGUCAAGCCCAACACCCUCUGCGCAAUUCACCUUCACGUUUGAUUCCCAAAAUCCUGUUUCUUGGCCUGGUUCCGACCCGGCGCCGUCAAAUAUGGGGCCCUCUAACCACAUGAACCCGUCGCAAUCGGACUAUCGAGACUCUUACAAUAGUCUUGGUCCUAGGUCCCAAACUGGAUCAGGACAUCCCCCAAAUGGACCAGGAAGCGUCCAUGGAGGAGCCGGCGCAGCAGCCAAUGAAUCAGCUAAAGGAGGUGCGCAAGGCAACGCGCCACCUAAGAAAUCAAAGCGUCGCGGGAACUCGCUCUUGCAGGCAGCCAAACAACGCCGUCGGGAGACUGAAUACCAGAAUUUCCACCACCCACCUGCGCCAGAAGAUAUCUGGAUAUGCGAAUUCUGCGAGUACGAAAGGAUCUUUGGUAGUCCGCCCAAAGCAUUGAUUCAACAAUACGAGAUCAAGGACCGUAAACGACGCCGGGAAGAAGCAGAACGGCGUAGGUUACUGGAGAAGGCCAAGAUGAAGUCUCGCAAAGGCAAAAAAGCGAGCAAAAUGCAAGCUAAAAACAAUGCCAACCCCUCCGAUCGCAACCCCGCGUCUACGACCGGUCACGCCCCUCCUCCGCACCCGAAUGAUCACGGCGAAGAUCAGAGUUCGCACCAUGACCAACCUCACGAGGAAGAUCAAGAAAAUGGUUACGAUUCGGAGGAUCACUACGAAGAAGAGGGGCUGGAAGUAGAUAUGCCUGAUCAUCCACGAGUGCGCGGUAGUAAAGGCGGCGGCAGAGUGGGUAGUAGUCAACGAGACUAUGCGAGCCAUUAA